UUUGACUUCUUCAAAUUCAAUUGAGAUCAUCACAAUUGUAUGUUGUGUUGAACAGACUGGUUCGUUGUAGUUGAUAUGGCUAACAAAAUAAUCGUUUCAAUCUGUGCCCUUCUUGUGUUAUUUGUUUUAGGUAGCAGUGCUGAUGGAAUUGCAGGAAAACCAGCCAAGUUGGCCAAUAAGAAGGCCUCUCAUCCACCCAAGGAACUCGUGACCAAAAAGAACAUCACAGAGCAGAUUCUCAUAAUUCUCGACCAUUACAAACAGAAUGAUCCAGUUGGCUUGCCAGGGGCCCCUAUACCAGAUCCCCUUCCAGUGCCCCCAUUCUCCCACAAGUUCAAGAUAGGCAAAAUGAACUUCCAGAACGUGAAAAUAUACGGUUUGAAGAAAUUCAGGAUACGUUUCAUGAAAGCCAACAUCGCAAAAAUGAGCGUUGACGUGGCCCUCGACAUAGGCCUACUGGAAACCUUCGGUAACUACACCUUAUCGUCCUUCUUCACAUCGGCCAAAGGACCUUUCACCGUCAAAAUGAAGAACGUCUCCGUUGAAGCUGUUGCCAGCAUGAAAGUCGAAAGAGAUGGAAAACUUGCAGCACAAGAGAUAAACAUGGACAUCGGCUUCAAAGACAUCGCGAUGAAUUUCGAAAAUCUAGGAUUUUUCGCUUCGAUGUUCCAGGGUGUCAUCAAUUCUGUUGGUGAUUCCCUCUUCAACUCCAUCAAACCGUUCAUCUUGUCUGAGGUGAAUAACAACGUGAGGGCGGACGUAAACAAGGAGAUAAGGAAGCUGCCGGUCACUUUCCCGAACUCCAUCACACCCUUCGAUCAAAUUUUCGUUAUGUUCAGGCAGGAAAUCAGGAAGAGGAAGUUUGAUCCUUACGCUGCCCCAGACUACAAUAAUACUGUUGGUAUUUUCGACGUUUACAUGAGAGACACCAAGCUUUAUGGGCUGUCGUCUGUGUACAGAAGUGGAGAUGUCUUGGUCGAGUUCAGAAAUGGCACUGUUUUUGGAUUUUUCGAAGGUGGCACGCAGAAACUCCGGGGAGUCAGUAGUUGGGAGUUGUCUCUUAUUGCUGGAAUCAUUGGGAAGAGGGGAAAGGUUGAAUUCACGGUCGACUACUUUACGAUUAAGGUGAACGCCAGCCAGUCAACGAAUACAGAUUUUCCUCCGAAAUUAGAAGACAUCCAGUUAGAAUUGGGCAACAUACAAUUACGUUUCGAUGGAACAGGGUCAAUGGAUUACUUAGUGGAACUAGGAAUAAAUGUGAUGCCCAAUUUGGUCCGUUAUCAGAUAAUGGACGCCCUGGAAGGCCCUGUCAAAACAAGGAUUCAAGAGGCCCUCAACCAAGUGAAUAUCAAGAGCUUGAUCAUUGAGAACUCGGAUAAAAUCAAUAAUCCAGAAUCGCUGAAUCUGAUAUGAAAAAUUUAUUGGUAUACAGACUUAAUAUACGGAUUUCUAUUCACACAUUUCGUGACAUAUCUCUUAGUUUAUGUCCAAACCUUUCGAAGCGGUGUACCUUCAUCAAAAUGUAGAAUGAGUUUUUUUCUUCAUGAACGAUUCAAUGAUUUUUUU